UACCAGAAACUGGAAAAUAAAUUUGCUAGUGACUACAGUCAUUAAGUUGCAGUGGUUUCAGAGUGGGGCAAGGCGUCGAAAUGAUUUUAAGUGUAUUUUUUAGAUUAACUUUAGGAAUUUGCCUUUUCCUGGCAGCUGCGUGCGUUAAUGGAGACGAUCAUUUUGAAAUACCAUAUCCCGCUAACUGUUCAACGAGAACGUUGUGCUCAGAGCACAGAAUUAGACGACCCGAUUGGAAUGAACUCUACAAUGCAGCUUUUUUAAAUGCUGAUGAUGGAAUCCUGCAAUUCGAUCUAACAAAUGGAGCAGGUUCCAAGUUGAUCAUGAAGAUCUCUGGAGUUGUAGACAAUCGCUUUCGUGUUAUCAUCGAAGAACCAGAUUUACAUCGAUAUCGCAUACAAUUUUGUUUGGAAAAGGAGCCAGAAACUAAUGAGCUAACUGUAGAUUAUCUUGGUGAUGAUGCUCUGAUUGCUUCUGACGGCAAUGGAAACAGGUUAUAUGUUUCGUUCCAGCCCAUUUCAAUCGAAUUUUACCACGAUGAUAUACUUGAAAGCGUAUUUGAUGGAAGCAGGCUCAUCAUGCAAAAUACUGAGGAAUCCCAAGCUUUUACUUUUACGGUCAAGUUUAAUGAAGCCAAACGUUUAAUAGGUCUGCACGAACAUCCAAACACCGUUAGCCUAAUGCAUACUGCUGAUUAUAAAGUCGAUCCCUACAGGUUGAAAAAUGUAGAUUAUGGGAUUUUUGGGUAUUCCAUAAAUGUAACACAGUCGAUGUAUGGAUCCAUUCCGGUCUUAUAUGGUUUUGGGGAACAUACAUCUGGAAUAUUUGUCCACAAUGGGGCGGAAAUGUGGGUUGAGAUAGAUACUGAUGAAAUGUCAGCAUAUUUUAUGGUAGAUGCAGGACUUCUAGACUUAUUCGUCCUCAUGGGACCCACUUUGCCCAAAACUGUUCGACAGUAUACAGAUUUGACUGGAAAGCCUCAUUUACCACAGCUCUGGGCUUUGGGUCACCAUCAAAGCAGAUGGGCCUAUAACAACACCGAAGAUGUAAAAGACAUAAUCGGAAAAUUCGACGAGUACAGGUUUCCCAUGGACGUACUGUGGUUGGACAUCGAAUAUACAGCGGAUCGCAAAUGGUUUACAUGGAACACUACUUCUUUUCCCGAUCCCAUUGCCUUACUGGACUGGGUUGAAGAACAGGGUCAUCGAAAACUAGUUCCAAUUUCCGAAUCUAAUAUAAAAGUUGACCCAGAAUAUAAAAUCUAUGAUGACUGUCUGAGGAACGACUACUUCAUCAAUAAUGCCAAUGGGACGCCGUUCGUUUCAGUCUGCUGGGCGGGAGAUGUCAGUUGGAUAGACUUUUUGAAUCCGGAAGCUAGGGAGUAUUAUGCCCAGUUGCAUUUGUAUGAAAACUUCCCUUCCACGUCCACUCUAGGAGGUUAUUGGAAUGACAUGAAUGAACCGGCCCUUUUUGAUAACACUUACGAGCGUACGAUUCCUUCCGAGGCCGUACAGUAUGGAAAUGUAAAGCACCGCGAUGUUCACAAUAUGUAUGGGUUGCACCAAGUCAUGACCACUCACCAAGGUUUAAUGAAUCGUGACGAAGGUAACUUGAGGCCCUUCUUGCUAUCUCGCUCAAUAUUCGCCGGGUCUCAGCGAUAUACUGCCAAGUGGAACGGAGACACUGUUUGCACUUUUGAGUACUUGCGUAUUUUGGUACCAAUGACGAUAUCUUCAAACUUAGCCGGUUUGGUGUUUUAUGGAGGAGACGUGCCAGGAUUUUUCGGGAAACCUACUGACGAACUUGCUAGUCGGUGGUAUCAAACUGGAGCAUGGAUUCCAUUUUACCGUGCCCACGCUGAUCUUUCGACAGAGCGUCGGGAGCCAUGGGUAUUCUCAGAAGAAACUCAAGAUUUAAUACGAGAAGCAAUUGAAUCCAGAUAUAAGCAUCUUCCGUAUUGGUAUACGUUGUUCUAUGAACAUACUGUUACGGGUGAUCCUCUUGUUCGUCCACUGCUUUAUCACUAUCCCAAUGACGAAGCUGCUUUCGAUAUUAAUGAUCAAUUCCUUGUUGGCAAAGAUAUCUUAGUAGCAAAUGUAUACUUUUCGGAAGCAACUAGUCUUCGAGUUUACCUCCCAGGUGAAAAUGAGUUCUGGUAUCAAGCAACUGGUCCAUCAGGUGUAUUCGAAGGUGGCCACUGGUAUACCAUCCCAGUUGAUAUUUCAUUUACGCCAGUUUUCUACCGAUCUGGAAGUAUCAUAGCACGCAAACCGAGAGUUGGUAGAACCACAGCCGAUAUAAAAGACGAUCCGCACGAACUUCACGUUGUCGUUGACGAUGAUGGAUUUGCUGAAACCAGAGUUUACAUUGACGACUUCGAGAGUUUUGAGUAUUUGAAUGAGAAAAAAUACUUAUAUGUUAAUAUUGAAUGGGACGAUGAAACCCAAAUGGGAACCGUUACUCCAAUCGAUGGAGCCAGCGACUCGAGCAAAUUUACAUUCGAAAUUGAAUCAGUGAUUAUUUACCGAAAUAAUGGAGAUGGAACUCACAGCAAGCAAACAAUAAAGCAGACUCGUGAUGGCGUUCCUUUAGUAAAUUUCAAUGUUUUAGAAGGUCCUCUCUUAUUGUAAAUUUAAAUAAAUGAUCACGUAAAUAAUCCGACUUAA